UAAUGUGGCUUAAUAUACUAAAACAGUGAUAUUGGAAAAAAAUCAGUAUUAAUAAACUAGAACAACGAAAGUGAAAGAGUACAAAGAAAGCGACGUCAUUCUUGAACCUGGAUACUAAAGGCCGCGUAUUACAUGCUCCUGAAAGAAGAUGUGAGUGCAGAAAUCCCUCAAACUCUGACUGAAAUGUACAUCCACUUCCUGCUGAAACAGAUCAACAUGAGGAAUCAGAAGUAUGAAGAGAGAGAUCUAGAGAAACUCCUGCAGUCCAACAGAGAAGUGAUUGUGAAACUUGCUGAAGUGGCUUUUAAACAGCUGAUGAAGGGCAAUGUGAUGUUCUAUGAGGAGGACCUGAUUGAAAGCAGCAUAGACAUCACUGUGGCUUCAGUGUAUUCUGGGAUUUGCACUGAGAUCUUUAAAGAGGAAUCUGUGAUUCAUCAGAGGAAAGUCUACAGUUUCAUUCAUCUGAGUGUUCAGGAGUUUCUUGCUGCUUUCUAUGUGUUUUACUUUUAUGCAAGUACAAUUAUUAAGGGACUAAGCAACUUUGUUUCAGUACGAGAUUUGCUUAAAGGUGCAGUGGAUAAAGCCCUUGAGAGUGAAAGUGGACACCUGGAUCAUUUCUUGAGUUUUCUGCUGGGCGUCUCACUGGAGUCCAAUCAGAGACUCUUACAGGAUCUACUGACACACACAGAGAACAGCUCAGAGAGCAUCAGGAGAACCACACAGUACAUUAAAGAGAAGAUCAAAGAUGGACAUGAACUCUCCACUGAAAGAUCCAUCAAUCUGUUCCUCUGUCUGCUGGAAGUGAAAGAUCAGACUCUGUCCAGAGAGAUUCAGGAGUUUGUGAAAUCAGACAAACACUCAGAGAAGAAACUCUCUCCUGCUCACUGCUCAACAAUCGCCUACAUGCUCCAGAUGUCAGAGGAGGUGCUGGAUGAGCUGGACCUCAAGAAAUACAACACAUCAGAUGAGGGGAGAAGAAGACUGAUACCUGCUGUGAUCAACUGCACAAAAGCCCUUCUUGCUGGCUGUAAUCUCAUUGGUCAGGACUGUGAAAUUGUAUCAUCAGCUCUACAAUCCUCAAACUCUAUCCUGAGAGAGCUGGAUCUCAGUAACAAUGACCUGCAGGACUCUGGUGUGACGAUUAUUUCUGAGGGACUAAAGAGUGUAAACUGUCAGCUGAAGAUACUUAGGUUGUCUGGCUGUAUGGUGACAGAGGAAGGCUGUGGUUAUUUGUCUUCAGCUCUGAGUUCAAACCCCUCACACCUGAGAGAGCUGGAUCUGAGCUACAAUCACCCAGGACAAUCAGGAGUGCAGCUGCUCAAACACAAACUGGAGGAUCCAAACUAA